AAAAAAAAAAAAAAAAACAGCCGCCCCUCGAGUCGGUGUGAGUGUCCUCUCUCCGUAUUUGUUGCGCCCUCGUCGUCUGCAGCUGCUCACAAAGCGCCGAGCGGGGCUGCCGCAGCUGCCCGACAGAGAAGAUGGGGUCCGCGGGUCACAUGUGCUGGGCGCUGCUCGCAGUUCUUCUGCUGGGGCUUCAUCACUCCGCCGGCUUCUGGAUCGUCAACGUCGUUUUCCCACCCAGCAUUAAAACCAAAAUACCGAGCAACAACACUUCGCCGCUCAUCAUAGUGCCUGGGAACUUGGGGAACCGACUCGAAGCCAAAAUAGACAAAUCAACGUUGGUUCACUGGUUCUGCUACAAGAAAACUGAAAACUGGUUUCCCCUGUGGAUCGACCUCAACAUGUUCAUGCCAAUAGGUGUGGACUGCUGGAUAGAUAACAUCAGACUUGUUUACAACAGGACAACACGACGCUCGUCCAACUCACCAGGGGUGCAAGUCAGAGUGCCGGGAUUUGGGGAAACCUACUCCAUAGAGUUUCUUGACUACAACAAACUGGCAGGUUACUUUCAUACUAUGGUGGAACAUUUGGUCAACGUCGGCUAUGUCCGGAACGAGACGGUUCGUGGAGCGCCGUACGAUUGGAGAUUAGCACCAAAUGAGAACGCAGCCUAUUUGCUAAAGCUGCAGGAGCUGGUUGAGGAGAUGUACAACCAGUACCAGAAACCAGUUUACCUACUGGGACACAGCAUGGGCUCCCACUACGUCCUCUACUUCCUCAACCAUCAGCCAAAGGCCUGGAACGACAAGUACAUCAGGGGUUUUAUUUCCCUUGCAGCUCCAUGGGGGGGCGCUGUUAAAGCACUCAGAGUUUUGACCUCAGGUGAAAAUGACGGCAUCCCGAUGAUUUCCAACAUCAAGAUCCGCGAGGAGCAGAGGAUGAUGACCACUAAUCCCUGGUUGCUGCCGUCAGAGGAGGUUUGGCCAGAGGACCAUGUUUUCAUCUCCACUCCAGCCUUCAACUACACCCAUCGGGACUACAAGCGUCUUUUCACAGACAUCAGCUUUGAGGAUGGCUGGCACAUGUGGGAGGACACCAAGAACCUCACCAGUGCUCUCCACCCGCCCGGCGUAGAGGUGUGGUGCAUGUACGGCGUGGGGCUUCCGACGCCCGUAACCCAUAUUUACAACGAGGAGUUUCCCGACGGGGACCCGGUGGACUUUGUUUACGCUGACGGGGACGACACGGUGGACAGCUUCAGCAUGGGCUUGUGCAAGCGCUGGGUGGGGCAGCAGGAGAAGCCCGUCCACGUGACGGAGUACAGGGGCCUGGCCCACCUAGACAUGGUGUUCCAUGAGAAAGUGCUCAAUCAGAUCCAGCAAAUCCUGGAGGGUAAAUCCGAUGUGCCCAAAGAGGUCGAUGUCCGGUCAGAUGUUAUAUAGCAGACGUUACAGUGCUGUGUUUGGUGUAGCUGGAUUCCCGUGUAAAAAUAAGCAUAUUUGGUCACUAUGUUCAGCUAUAAAUUGUUCUGGACUGAAGGAGUCUGACUCUGACCUUCUCAUUUAAACUAAAGUGUUGGUUUAUCUGUGCUCUGUUUAUUCCCACAUGUAUAGGGUCAACUGUUUUAGAUCAGCAUCAAAUCAGUGUUAUUUUUAAAGCAUGUGUUCCACAACUUGAAGGUAACAGCUGUUUUUGUAAUGUAUGUUUUCUGUAGGGUUUAUAUUUUUGUAGAGUUCAGAGAUAAAGCGGAAUAAAUUUGAACAGUUUAGAUAUAACUUCUCUGAAUAUUGUCUGUUCUUCUAAACUAUUGAUGCUGUAAAAAAUAAAAAAUGGGAUAAUCAUU